CACUGUUCACAAGAGAGGCACAGCAAGAUUACCUACAACUUGGCACUUUGUUGCUGCUUGCUUGCCCCCACCCCAGAAAGAGACUUUGAACUCCCGUUCAUUCUUCAAUAUAUGGUCCAUAGACUCACCAUGGCUUCACUUCCUCUCCAUACCUCUUCCAAAAACCAUCAGCCAACCUCACAAUGGCUCCCUCGCCUAUUCCCAUCACAAUCGACCACGGCAAUGGCGGCAUUCCCUACACACCCCACAACGCUACCACUCUCUCGAAAGGAUGGGUAACCCAGCCCAAUAACCGUGGAACCCUCGAUAUACUCUGGACCUGUGCCAGCACACUAUUUAUCUGCCUAUGGGUACAACUGCAUCUCAACGUUCCAGGCCCCCACGAACGCUUCUUCACGCAAUCCCUUCGCCGCCUCCGCUGGCUCGUCAUGGGCGCACUCGUUCCCGAGGUCCUGCUCCUCUCCGCAGGAGGCCAAUGGGCCUCUGCCGAACGUUCCGUCCAGGACAUGAAACGCCUCUUCCCAAAUUCAAACUCCUGGACUAUAGUUCACGGCUUCUACGCCGAUUCCGGUGGUUUCGUCUUGCAACCUCGAGAUAGCGAUCCCUUCCCCGUAUCCGCGAAGCAGGUUCACUACCUAGUAGAGAACGCUUACAUUGAGCUUCCCUCAAUAACCGAGAAGGAGAUCCUUGACAAGUCAAAAGGAGACAAGUUCACCAAAACAAUAGCUUGUCUUCAAACCUUCUGGUUCAUAACGCAAUGUGUAGCACGGCUUAUACAGAGACUUCCCGUCUCCCCUCUCGAACUCCAAACCUGCUCGAUAAUCAUAUGCACUGUCACCACAUACUUUCUCUGGCUCUACAAACCGCUCUCCGUACAAACACCCACCGUGAUACCGAUGUCGAUCCCUAUCGGCCUAGUCCUAAAAUGCGCCGGCAUCUCGGCCUCAGACUGAUGGCGCUU